AUGCCGUGGGCAACAGGCGUGAAGAAAGUUCUUGUUUCUACUUCUACUCUGGACAAUCCCUCUGUGGCUAGUAUCCGUCUUGCCUACCAUAAAUACACUAAUCAAGGAUGCAUUUCCCUCGGUAUCAAUGCAAAGUCGGGUAAUUCGAGCGGGCAAAAUUCACUUUUGUUCAGAAUCUCUCCGGAGUCAGUUAAAACGUGUAGGUUAAUCUUGGUAAGCGACGAAACACUAUGUCCAGAAUAUUUUAUUACAAGACUCCAGACGAGGGCAAAGAAUGUUCGGGACAUCUCAUUACUUGAUCUAGAACUUGAUCGGGCGCUUGCGGAGGAGACUGUUCUUUGCCCGUCUAAUCUGCCGUCUCCACUCCCUGCAGCGCAUAGGGACUUGAAUUUCGCCGCUUUUGCAAGGAUUUGUGAAUCCAAGUCUCUACGAAUCUAUUUCGGUCGGCAACAAUUUAGGGAUCACGAACUCGGUAUACUGAGGACCUUUGUCCAUGACCUAAACACAAAAACUCUCAAAGCGGUGUCUUCCAAUGAGGCCCGCCAGGGCCGGGUUGAAAGACGCUGGAAGGAUCUGAGUGUAUGGCUUGACAAACCGCCUGAUUAUGAGGAGUCUGCGUCCGAACGGGUGCAGCAAGUGAAUCCACCUCCAUAUCAUGAUAAGUCUAAGCUAGCCCGUGCGGGUGAGAAACGGCCCCGAGAUCACUCUUCAUUACCGCCCGAGGAUGACGGACGAAAACGACCGCUCUUGAUUUUCCCAGAAUCGCCAUGCUGUCCUACUGAAGUCAAUACACCGAGUCCUCCCCCUUCACCGGCUUCAAUCCGAGCAACCGACUUUACGCGUCAUUCCCCUCCAAGACGCACGGAGCGUGACACACUUGCGCGUUUUGAGCAUAUGCUCUAUGGUGCUUCCGAUGAUUUGAUCCGCAAAUUAUUGAUUCGCUUAGUAUGUCGAUGUCUACCGGCCAUAUCUGAUGAUUUUGAGGGUAAUUUACUCUCUGAUUCGGAGAAAGCCAUUUUGGCCAAGAUCGAAUUGAUCGAAAGUCACCUCGAAUGCCUAAUCGAUGCGAAGAUCAAAUCCAUCCUUGAAACACAUAUCCUGAAGGAAAUUGUUCAGGAGAUUGUCGACAGUGCUUUAAGCGAGUGUUGUGACAAGGUCUUGGAUGAAUGUGCAAUGCAUAAAACUGAGUUUAGCGAGCAUGUUGACGAUAGUAAGACCGACUUACGCAUCACAGCCGACGAUUGUAUGAAGGAGAUGGAAGAACACGCCCAAAAGCACAUGGAUGAAAUAGAAGAGCAAGCGCAACAGUAUAUGCAUAGGAUUGAGGAUCAGGCAGCAGAGGCUGAGAUGUCUGCGGAGAAAACGGGACUCAAUUUGAAGCGAUGGUUGGAAACGUCUGCCCAGUCUCUACCUGCGAGCAAAUCAAGGCCUAGCCAGGGGGUGCUGAGCACCAAGGGCAGACGCAGCUCCUUCUAG